AUAGAAAGGAAAGGGAAAUUCCCUAAUUUUGGGAUUUCCAUAUGCUUUUAAAAGAAAAAUAUCACGAAGCAAAACAACGAAAACUCAAAGCUUUAAAUGACAUAUACUGAAGUUUUUGUGGGUAUUUAGUUAGAGAAAAUGGAGCAUGAUGAUUCUUCAGACUCUGUGGAGAUCCCCAUGAUGAAAAUGGAUCAUAAUGGGGGAAUAGUCUCAGAGUACCACCACCCUCCUGAUGAGCCAUAUGUGGAGAUUGUUGAGCAGCCUCAAGCUCGGGGAUUCCGAUUUCGAUACGAGUGUGAGGGACCAUCUCAUGGGGGACUCCAGGGAGAGAAGAGUGAGAAAUACAGGAAAACAUUUCCCUCCAUCAGGAUACGGAAUUACAAUGGUUCAGCUCGUAUUGUUGUCAGUUUGGUAACAAAUGAAACAAUCCCAAAGCCUCAUGCUCACAAGUUAGUGGGCAAAAACUGUUCUAAUGGAUCGUGUAUUGUUGAGCUAAAGCCUAACCAAAACACUGUCACAUUUCCAAACUUGUGUAUUCAGCAUGUAACAAGAAGGAAGGCCAGCGAGGUUAUAGAAUACAGAAUACUAGAGUCUAUGAAACUCGAUAAACAAGUCAAACUAGGAAACCUCAAUGCCCAAACUGAUUUAUCAGAUGAUGAAAAAAGCCAAGCUAGUAGUCAGGCCAAUCAGUUAGCCAAAGACAUGCAGCUGAAUGUUGUUAAGCUAUGCUUCCAGGCCUAUCUCCGAGAUGAAAGUGGCAAAAAUUUCCACCUACUGCCGCCUGUUCUGUCAACGGCUAUAUACGAUAGCAAGGCCCCAGGAGCCAAUGCAUUGAAGAUCUGUCGUAUGGACAAAUAUGGUGGCUGUUGUACAGGAAAUGAAGAGGUCUUUCUACUGUGUGAAAGAGUUCAAAAAGAUGAUAUCCAGGUCCGUUUUGUGGAACAAGACGAUGAUGGGAAGACAAUUUGGGAAGCGUUUGGGAACUUUGGUCCAUUUGAUGUACACAGGCAGUAUGCCAUUGUCUUCAAGACUCCAGCAUACAAGAACCCAAACAUAGACAGGCCUGUGUCUGUAAUCAUAAUGUUACAGAGAAAGUCAGACACAGAAACCAGCGAACCCAAAUCCUUCACCUACUACCCACAGUCAUUUGAUAAGGAUGAAAUUGCCAAGAAGAGAAAGAAGACCCUCCCAAGCUACCCAGGUAGUAAUGGCUUCGGGGGUGGUGCAGGGGGAGAGGAUGGUCGAACUAAUUUAAAUAGCAGCUUCCACAAUGGAGCUCUACCUUUUGGCCCACCUCAAGGAAACAUACCUGUAAUGGUUAAUGAUUCGGAACAAUCUUUGUCAAAUGAUAGUCUGCAUAAUCCUUUACCAAAGAUUUCCAAUGCCACAAAGAGGCGGAUAAAUAAAGCCAAGCGCCAGGGCCUCAAACCAGCGGAUAUAGAAGUAGAUGGUGGGAGAAUUCAGGGACUUCCCACCAUCAUUACGGAGCCUUCACAUCUACAGGUAGCAGGACCACCUGACAUUCAUGUGACUCAAGCAAACUUCCAGCAACAUCCCAACAUCAACCUACAACAUUUUGCACAUCUGACAGCACAGAAUUUCCAACAUCAAAUGUUUGUACCUCGUGGGGGAGGAGGGAGACCCACUAGUGUUUUAGAAGCUUCUAAUGACAGUUCCUCUUCAGGAAUGGAUGAGGUGGAUGCCACAGUGUAUGAUGAUAAAAAAGAGAUAAUACAUCUGGAUAGAGACGAUUCUGUGGUUCUUCACAAGGAUAUCAUGUUGUCUCAAGAAACAAGCCCAGAUUCGGGGCGGGAAACCCCCGAUGACAUUGAAAGUGAUGGGCAUGCUCCUGAAGCAGUCCACAGUGUGAAGAAAAUUGAGAUUUGUGAACUUAAAACUUCAGAUAUUUCUAUUAAAACUGCAGAAUUAAAGCUAGAAAGUGUGCCUGCUAGUGAGGAGGAGGUUCUUGCCCAACCAGUGGAGCCAGACACAGAAGGAAAAUCUACAAUAGCAGCUUCAGAGACAUGUGACCAAAGUGUUCAAACCGACAAGGAUGAGGUGGUACGCACAACAGAGAGAACAGUGAAGGCCCUACAGACGUACGCUUCAACAGGAGACAUAAGGCAGCUACUAUUAGUACAACGCUACCUCACAUCAGUACCAGACCAAAACGGAGACAUCCCCUUACACACAGCCAUCAUUAAUGGUAACAAGGAGGUUGUGAACAAUUUACUGGAUGUCAUGCAGACCAUGUCCAACCUCUGGCUUAAGAUCAACGCCUACAACAACCUUCUACAGACUCCCCUUCAUCUGGCUGUUCUCACUGGCCAGGAAGAAAUCAUUGACCGUUUGUUGUGUGCUGGUGCCAACACUAAGUUACCAGACAGAAAUGGCAACACUCCAGCUCACCUGGCAGUGCAGACUGGCAAUUCUAGCUGUUUGGCUAAACUUUUAAAAUAUCAGCGCCCAUUCUCAACUCCCCAAAAUCCAUUUCCUGAACUUAACAUGAAAAAUUUUGAUGGAUUUACACCAGCUCAUAUAGCUGCACAGAAGGGAAAUCUCCAAGCCAUGAAAUUAUUAGUGCGCUGUAAGGCUGAUAUCAACACGGCAGAUGGUAAAAGUGGGAAAACCCCUCUCCAUUAUGCUGUGGAGGAGGAUGACUUAUCUGUCAGUAGUUACCUCAUUCUUGAGGCAGGAGCUUCUGUGGAUUCCGUGUGUUUUAAUGGGAACACAGCAUUACAUAUAGCCUGUGGUCGACAGAACAGUGGCAUGGUGGCUCUAUUAAUGGCUGCAGGAGCCAAUCCAGAAAUAGAAAACUCCGAGGCUCUGAAGAAUGAACAGUCUAGUGAGGAAGAGGAGGAGGAUACAGAUAAGCCUUUACCAGGACACAAACCUCGACAUUACGCAGUAGGCAACACCAGGAUACUGAAGAUCCUGAAUGGUGAGCCUUAUGGGGGAGACUCUGUUGGGAGUAUCAAGAGUUUGUCAGGAAGGACAGAUUUUUACCUGGAGGCCAACAGUCUGUUAGCUUCAGAGGAUUUUCAGACUGAUACAAUUACCUCCUCUUCCCCCUUGACAUCCCCUCCCUCCUCUCUCUCCUGUCCACCUACCAUCAGUGCUGUGCUCUCCAGCAGUGAAGAUGGAGACAUUGACAGGAUCAGCUACCCUGUGCGUGUACAGCUGUCAAAGCUGUUAGAUCCAAGACAGAACGGAUGUGACUGGGUGGCCCUAUCCGAGAGACUAGGAUUACGGCAGUCUGUGGAGGGACACCAAGGGGGCUUCAGUCCCACCAGACUUCUCCUAACCUUUUAUGAGUCAUGUGGAGGCACUAUAUCCAAACUGUUGGAAGCCUUGGUUGCUAUGGAGAGAUAUGAUGCAGUGGAGUUAAUUAAUUCAGCACUAAGUGCUCAAACAGAUGACUGUAAAAGAAGAGCCAUGCAGAGAGGUGUCACAGGGGGUCGAGGUGAAGGUCAUUUACAGGUCACACACUAGCAGUUACUAUGGCUCCAAGAAUGGAUACAUGUCUCAAGUGCUAAGAAUCAGCAUUAACAUGUUUCUUUGACUGUGCGGUUCGAAACUGUUUAUCCUUGUAUUUUGAAAUGUGUAUAAUGUUACUUGGGAGAGGAUGUAAUAUUAACUAUUGUAAUACUUGCCUGAUAGCUAUAGACUUGUAUUGCAUUUGCUAUUGGAUUAUUGUAUUAGAUAUAUGAAUGAUUUGCAAAGCUCAACUGUAUGAGAAUUUUUUUCAUUGUUGAGACACCAGCUGUUACCAAUGCUCGCUAUUAUUUAGACACUGUCAGUGUCUUAUACAUUUGAUGUUUUCUAGUGUUUGUACACAUAGUAUGUUGGUUUGGUUAAUAUUGUUAAAAUCUACAUAGUUUAUAUAAAACACACACGCACACACUCAUAAAGAAAUUUACUUCCUGUGAGAAUAAAUUUUUAUAAUUGAGAAGACAUCAUUGAAAUUUAAAUUCUUUGCUUAUGAUUCAGUGUUCUGCUGUACUGACUGAUAAAAUUUUAUUGUUGUGGUAACAAGAAGAAAAAGAAAGAAGCAUAAAGAGAAAAGUUGUUUAACAAGAAGGGGCGAGUUUUGUUUAUGUAUGUAUGCCUAUGAAAUAGUUUAUCUCGAUGCAUUUAGAGCCAAUACAUGUAUAGAUAUUAGCAGGUGGACAGGGGUUGGAUUUUGUUGAGAGGGCAUAUGAUUUAUUUUUUUCUCCCACUUUUUGUAAUUCUCUGUCCACAAGCAAUGUACAAUGGUACAUGUGUUACCUCUAUGUAUAGUUAUAUGUGCUAGGCAGAUUUAUCAUAUUCAUCUUAACAAUAAAGCUUGGCUUUAAA